AUGUCCGCUUCAUCAGGUGUUCUGAAAGGGGACAAUAGCAGCGCCUCAGCAACGCGCAGACCCCACUUGCAUUUGUCCGCUGACCAAACUGCUAAACAGCAAGAUGGAGGCAACUGUUCUGGGAGGACAAGGAGAGCCGAAGAUUGUUCUUCCUCUUCAUCUCUACGUGUCGCGGAACCUGUCACAGUAACAGAGAAUGGAGACGUUUUAACCCGAACGCCAUCUUCCAGCUCUGCGAGACUUAGCCGCGCGCGAUUUCCUAUAGUUUCGGGAAGACAUCAGGAAUACUCUGAACAAACGUCAGGAGUAAACAACGACGACAACGACUUAAGUGAAUCUCUACGAAACUCUUUCAGAGAAAACGAAUUGCGACCUAGGACUUCCAGUUUCUCCAGCACUUCAACUUUUAUAAGCAACUACGCAGAAGACGCCAACGACAAAAUGCCCGUCUUACUAGAUACCCCAAAGAUGGGGAGUCGCCAAAACAGUCGCGUGAGUCAACUGAGUCGACAAGGGACUCAAACUUCCACGCGCUCUUCGAAAAAAUCUUUUCGAUCGGAAAAAUCUGGACCUGUGAGACGACAGGAAACGUUUGUUCUUCCCAAAAUUGUGACUGCAGAAGUGCCAAAGACACUGUCCUUAGAGGAACAGAAAAUGUUGCAAAAGGAAGUAAAGGCAUUCCGAGACAAGAGUAAUAUACGACCAGGGUUUGAUGGUCGGUCACUGUUCCGCAGGACUAUCCGGAUUAUUCUGCAUCUACAGCAAUGGAUCUCAGCGAUCAUGGAAAAAGGCGAGGAGGAAUCCCAAGGCGCCGAGAAAACCUCCAGUUUCAGCGACUUUGCCCAGGCGCUGAGCAGCCAGCGGAUGGCGAACUCGGACGUUCAUUUUGAUCCAGCAGAUUUCAAAGCCAAAAAAGACAUCAAUAUAAGCAAGGACGUGCAAUAUAUUUUAAACCUUCCCAAAGCCAUGAGGACCCCCGACCAAGUCCAGUCGGUUUUAUAUGGACUUCAACAUCUGCGAUCAUUUGCCGAAUAUCCACUUCAUAUGCAAGAAAAACUGUGCAAAGUAGCUUUUUUCCAAACAGUGACUCCCAAGCGUGUCAUCAUACGACAAGGACAUUAUGCCGAGAACUUUUAUUUCAUACUCUCUGGUCACGCCAUGGUGACGCUCCUUGAGCGCGACGCAAUAACUGGGGAGACGCAGCUCCGAGCCGUUAAAACGCUAAAGAAAGGACAAAGUUUUGGGGAACUAGCUCUCCUCCAUCACCAACUCCGCAAUGCCACAGUGGUCAGCCAGGACACUGUCCAGCUGCUGACCAUUGGACGGGAUGACUUCUUCGAUAUUUUUAUGGGCCAAAGUGCCAACCCCGGGGAACUGCCUGAACACCUGAAAUUCCUUAGUCAACUUGAAUUCGCAAAAGACUUUCCAAUGGAGAAAAUACUGGAGAACCCUGAAGUUUGUCUGCUGCAUUUCUUCAAACGUGGUGAAGUCAUAGUGCAGGACAGUUCCCAGUCCGACUGGAUAUAUAUUAUAAAAUCGGGCACAUGUCAAGUGAUGAAAGAACUCAACGGUGCCCAAGGACUCAAACUCCACAAACGCAGUAAAACUAUGGACGAUCUCACAAUGCGGUUACCAAAAUUAGGAACCGCCGAGCAAGCCCCAAAGAUUUACACGGGGAAGAAGAGGCACAGGUCGUACACAAUGCCGACUGCACUUAGGCGUGCAAUGACGGAAUACGAGGACUCCUUGAGAUUGACGGGAGGUCGUCUGCCGGUGUUGGAGGAGAAGGCGUUAGUGAGUGUUGACCCCAGCUCGAGGGACGGAGUGGAGCGACCCGUACCCGGAAGGACGCCGGGUUACUCUAGAAGCAAGCUCAGCCGUUUUCCUGAAAUGAAAAAGACCGCGCAUUUUUCUCCGUCCCCCUCCCCGGAGUUGAAAACGCCGAAACGAUCGACGCCACAGCCACAGGAACCCCUACAGGUGAACCAAUGGUCGACACUUCUUAACAUUCUGAAGGUGGAGACACCCCGGGAAGACGUCUUUAAACAGAGGCGGAAGUCGGAGCCCCCAAAAGCGCAGCCCGUAUACGUCCAGGUGGACCUGUUGAAACCAAGGGAUAUUUUUGGUCUCAACACGGUGAAAUUCGAUUUAGAAAUGGAGAUUCCGAAUACCAAAGUUAGCCUGGUUAGCCGCGGAGCAGAAUGCGUGAUGCUAGCCAAAUCGUUCUUUGCCAGAAACGCCAACGAGAAAGUGAAACACGUGGUCCGGAAUCUGGCUCGCCCCUACCCCUCGGAAGACGCACUUCAGAAGAAUUUACAAAUGAAAGAGGACUGGGCAAAUUUUAAAAAAGAUCUAAUUCAAGACAUUGUUAGCCGUCCAACUUUGAAAAAGUUACAGUGACUUUUCUCGAUUCAUGUACCAACUUCGUAUAAUAUCGGUGUAUUUUUUUAUUUCAUAGCAUUAGAUGUAUUUUCUGUCACCGAUGAUGACAUUCGUCUUUAUCAAUAUCGUGAUUAUAUUUUUAUACCGUUAUUAGGGUACUGUUCAAACCUAUCAAAUGCCAAACCGAGUAGAACUGUUCACAUUGCUUAGACUCAGAAUUUUGAAUCUCCAUGUAAAAAGACAUUGCGUGAGAGUAGCUUGGCUGUCUUGACAAACAUGAGAGAGAGAGAGAGAGAGAGAGAGAGAGGGGUGAUAGAAAGGGAGAGAGAGAUGCUCCGAAGUGUAGGGCGGAUUCAUUAACUGUGCACCGUAUCAUUCGUUCUUCCAGGCGUUAAAUGAAAAUUAAGACUAAGCCACUGUUUAGAUUGUGAUAUCUGACAAUCAAUUAUUUGUUAAAACGCAGAGAUAUUGGGUAAAUCUGCUGUUUGUUGCCUACUCCUGUGAUAUAACA